CGGCGAGGCGCGCCAGCUGCCGCACGUCAUGAUUCUACCCCAGGUGAGCGACGAUGUACCCAGACACUACCACCCCGUUUACCGCAGGACCGCCGGCAACCAAUAACUUGACAGACGGGGAAGAAGAUCUGCCUGAAGACGCUUUCUCGCUGCUGUCGGUGCUCCUAGUUGGAUUCCUCCUCGUGAUCCUGAUAUUCUUCUCGGUCGCUGGCAACGUUCUGGUCUGCGUGGCGAUCUACACCGACCGCGGGCUACGGAGGAUCGGAAAUCUCUUCCUGGCCUCGCUCGCCGUCGCCGAUCUCUUCGUCGGUGGACUGGUGAUGACCUUCGCCGGGGUCAACGACCUCCUCGGCUAUUGGAUCUUCGGGUUAUGGUUCUGCGACAUCUGGAUCGCCUUCGAUGUUAUGUGCAGCACUGCCUCUAUUCUCAAUCUAUGCGCCAUCUCCCUCGACCGUUAUAUUCACAUCAAGGAUCCCCUCAGAUACGGCCGUUGGGUGACUAGAAGAGUCGCUAUCGGCGGCAUCGCCGUCGUGUGGCUCUUGGCAGGACUCAUAUCCUUCGUACCGAUCAGCCUAGAUCUUCAUAGGGCAGGUGAUCAACCAGAACUCUAUAAUGACGGAGUAGAGGAGCACCCUACGUGUGCCCUAGACAUUACACCCACUUACGCGGUGGUGUCCUCUUGCAUAUCUUUCUACGUGCCCUGCAUCGUGAUGUUGGGGAUUUAUUGCAGGCUCUAUUGCUACGCACAGAAACACGUAAGGAGUAUCCGGGCGGUGACGAAGCUGCCGGACACCUCCAUGGCCAAGAGUUUUCGCUCGAAGAGCAGUCGCUGUAAGCCGCCGAAGCCGCAGACGAAGACGAAGCCGACCAGCCCUUAUCACGUGUCCGACCACAAGGCCGCGAUCACUGUCGGCGUAAUCAUGGGUGUAUUCCUGAUAUGCUGGGUACCCUUCUUCUGCGUCAACAUUGUCGCAGCCUACUGCAAGACCUGCAUACCUCUCCGAGCGUUCCAGGUUCUCACAUGGCUCGGCUACAGUAACUCGGCCUUCAACCCGAUAAUCUACAGCAUCUUCAACACUGAAUUCCGAGAGGCGUUCAAGAGGAUCCUCACGAAGGGAGCGCGCGCUCGGGGCAAUCAGCCGUCUACCAGUGAGUGCGGUGAGUUCCGCUCGGUGGUGGUACAGAAGCGCAACGGCUCGAUGAUUGAGUGCAACAUCAGUCCCAGGUCGAGUGCGGACAGCUGCCAGGUCGGCGUCAUGGCUCAAAGGCAUCGCGACACCAUAGUCAGCGCCAUAUAAACAAGUUCAACGAGACCGUCCCUCCUCGAUCUCGAAUAAACGAUUUCUCUCCGGAUCUCACUCGCCGGACCGCUCUUGCCUCCGCCGUUAGGUCGGUCGUCGCGGUCGCGCGUUUUACCCGUCCGCAGAAGCUCCCCCUCGAUCUCGUGCCGAUCGCGCGGGACUCGCGACACGACGCGAGGUCUACACUGAGAAAAAGAAACGGUUGGGUCGACAAAAUCGGCAAUCACUCUCGUUUGAUUCAAAAUAUCGUGUCCACCGAGUAAAUCAUACAUUGGCGCGACAAUGAAGACCGAGUCGAAUUGACCAUGUACUUCUUUUACGUAUUGGGUUGAGAAAUUGGUAUAAGAAAUUUUCCAUCUCUAUCAAAAAAUAGACAACAAAAUUACCCAAAUUUGAAGAAUUAAUGAUUUUUACGAAUAAAAUGAACAAUGUCGAGUUGGUGUUUCUCAGACAUCUAAUGGGAUCUUCCUAUUUUCCUUUUAAUAUUCAAACUUCCUACAGGGAUUUAAUAGAAAUAUGAUGAAUCUUUUGCACCCACCUAAUAUUUGUUAUGGAGACAAAAGGGAAGCAGAAAGAGGAUUGCGAAAUGUGUUCUUUUUAGAAUAUAGUAAAAGUAUUUAAAAGGAACAUCUUGCCACUCCUUUUCCAUUGUUUCAGUACAAGUUCCUAAACAAUAAAUACAUAAAUGAAACACAUGAUCAACCGGUCUCACCUUCGUUGCAUUAAUAUAGUUGCUAACCUAAUCGCAGGAAUUCAAUCAACAACUCACCACAGCAACUGUAUAAAUUAAUUAAUUCAUUUGCUCAAACGAAUUUUGUUCAUCCAAGCAAGAUCUCAUUGAUCCUGCCACUUCCUUUUCUCAGUGUAGAUAAUGUAACGAAGCGGCAACUCAAACUCGCCAGAGGAAGGGAUUUUCGUCGCACAUUAAUUCUUCACGAUUUGUCGCGAGGAACGUGUCGAUUACGAAGCAGUUUCAUCUCCGUCGUCCAAAUCCGAUGAGACUUUAUAAUUAUUUUACUCAUUACAUUCCGUUAUUUAUGUCUCAACGAGACGAAUUCAUACAUUUUAUUCUGUUCGACAUGUUUCGAUCGUCACGAUGCAAUACCGACGACGUCUUUCACGCAAUUUCCAACAAGGCUGAUUGCAUACAAAAUUGCAUUAUGCGAUUGCCCUCUUUUUCUUUCUUUCUUUUCUGCCCUCACUCUCUCUCUCUUUCUCUCUCUCUCUCUCUCUUUCUCUCUCUCCCUCUCUCUCUCUCUCUCUCUCUCUCUCUCUUUCGUCGAUGUACAUAAAAUUUGCAUAGAACAUCGCUUGUACCAGCAACAGCACGAGUUCCCUCCUGCGGCGUGGGGAACUUUAGUAUUCGCAUCCAACGCAGGACUAUAAACGCCGAAUCCCGGCCGCCUCGAAGGACGACUCGCCGCGACUGCAGUUACGACGACAUUGUCUCGCUCGUGUGUGUAAUAUGUACAUAUAUGUAAGAGUUGACGACGCCGAUAAAAUACUCAAGCGCGUUAUUGAAUCUCUCCUCCAAGCAAGAUGCGCGGUAGUUACACAUCGCGACUACAACGUAAUAUCAAUCGAUGUUCUAGUUAGCUGUCACUGACAGUCUCGUUCCGCGUGAGAAUUUUCUUAGGGAGACGAGAAACUACGCCCGCUCGUGUCUCCACGAGGUCGGAUUCUGGAGGAACAAUAUCGUCAGCGCGGCAGCAAUAAACGAGGACACUUAGUCGAAUACUCCACGAGGAUAACAAAAGGAAAAAAAAAAGAAUUCGGUACUUAGCGUCUCCGCCUCCGCGAUCCUCACGACUUGAAGUGAUCACGCGACGAGCUGAUAAAAAUAAUCACGGCAGACGCGACGCUUUUACGAAUGGAUCGAUCGAAUGGAGAGUCUCCUUUCUUUUUCUCUUUCUGUCUCUCUCUCUCUCUUUUUUAUCGCGAAGACUGCGUGAUGUUCGAUCAUGUGAGAGCGACAUUUCGCGAGGAGGAAUCACCGUCAAAGACAAUCAUCGGAACCUAACUUUCGAGGCAUAUCCAGAAGACAUAAUCCGCCGAAAUCGUAGUGUCUUUUCUUUCCGUUUUUCCUCUCUUUUCUACUUUCUUCCUCUCUUUCUCUCUCUCUUUCUAAGCGAUACGACGACAGGCAUAGAGUGGGAUUUGUCGAUUAAUAGAAAAAAAAAUCCGAUUGUAGCGCUUAGGAUACUAAUCAAGCAAUCGUAACUAAUGGAGCAAUGUCGAUAGCCGAUCUACGAUGUUAAAGCUGGAUGUUACUCGAGAUGAUACGUUUCUAAGCUAGUAACGUCUGUCACAAAGCGUCACGUAAGAUGAAAGAAAAAAAGAAAAGGGGAAAAACUUUAAUAGCAAUAGGUCAGCGCGGCGAUGCACAAGCGCCGCGGUUAUACAGAAAAAUUCAUUUUUCCCAUCUUGUAAAUAGCCAUUUAAUUAUUUUUCUAUUUGACGGGGCGCGCGAUAAGAGAUGCACGCGACAGGAACUCUCGCAAACGGACGGUAAUCCGCGGGAGACCGGCGGGAAUCUCGACUUCGCGGCCGCGCACGGACAUCGACGCGAAAGAUAAUUCAUCAUUGUCGUCGAGCCACCCGUCGAAUCUAAAACUCAAUUCUGCAUCACGACAUAUCCAAGCGGAAGGAAGUAGUCACGGGCCAAUUGGCGUUCGCGGGGAUCCGUCGAGCUUCCUUGAUACAUCUAUAUCUACGAUACACAGAGCGCACUGCGAUCCGGCGCACAGAGGGAAUGUGAAUAGCUGCGUGCACCACGAAUGCGUUAUAUAAUGCAAAAAUAAUGCAUGUCUCGCGUA